AUGUGGAGAGAAGUUUUAUAAAAAAGAGUUAAUUAAAUAGGAUUUCAUUAAUAAUAUAAAGCAAUAAAAAAAAUAGGAGUAGGAAAAUUUACAAGUGUAUAUUUAUCAGAAAAAAUAGAAAAUUAAUAGCUUUAUGCAGUUAAAGCUUUUCCUAAAAAAAGAAUUUAUAAAUAAGAAGAAAAUGGAAAAGUUUUUUUUAUAAAAAAAAUAUUAAUAUAUUAUUUUAAACAAAAGGAAUUAUUAAUAAAUGAAAUUGAGUUAUUGAGAAAUUUAGAUCAUUAAAAUAUUUUACAUUUAUAUGAAGUUUUUGUAACUGAUAAUUCUUUAUAUAUGGUAUUAGAAUUAUUAUAAGGGGGCUCUCUUUAUUAAUAAAUUAAAUCAAAACAUAAAUAUUAAAAUGAAGAAAUUAAAUAUAUGAUAAGAGGUUUAUUAGAAGGUGUUGCACAUAUGCAUUCAAAAAAUAUUAUGCACAGAGAUUUAAAACCAGAAAAUAUAAUGUUUAGAUGUAAAAAUUAAUUAGAUUUAGUUAUUGGCGAUUUAGGUUUAGGAACAAAAUAAAAUAUUGAUAAAUACUUAUAUGUUAGAUGUGGUACUCCUGGAUUCGUAGCUCCUGAGGUUAUUAACAUAACUGAUUUUAACAUAAAAUACGAUGUGGCUUGUGAUAUUUUUUCUCUCGGAGUUAUUUUUCAUAUUUUGUUUUCUUUUUUAAUUUUUUUAUAUUUAUUAUAAUAAUUAUAAUUAAUUAUUUAAAGGCUUACAGGAAAAUCACCUUUUCCAGGAAAAAACUAUGAAGAUAUUUUAAACUAAAAUAGAGAAGCAAAUAUUAUUUAUUAAGGAAAAGAAUACUUGAAGUUAUCUUUAUAUGGUUUCUAAAAAAAAUUAAUUAAUUUAUAAAUUAGUAUUUUUUUUUAAAUAAAAAAAGCCUAUGAUUUGCUAAAAAAAAUGCUUGAAGUUAACCCUAAAUUAAGAAUUACAGCUAAAAAAGCGCUUUAACAUGAAUAUUUUAAUGAUAAAUAAAAUCCUUCUGUUCAUGAGAUUUAAAUAUUCGAUUAAGAUUCCCCUCGACAUUCACCUUAAAUUUUAGUAACAAAAGGAUAAAACAUGGUUAUAGAUGCUUAGGGGUUAUUUAAAGUUAGGACUAAUGAAAAGUAUAAAGAAACAUUUUAUUCUCCAAGUAUUGGAAAAGAUAGAAAAAAAUUGUAAUAUACUAAGAGUUUAUAACUAGAAGAUAAUAAUGAAGAGAUUUAUGAUGCUUACUGUUAAAAAAAAUCUAAUGUGAUAAUGAAAAAUUUAAAAAAUAUAGAUUUUUGA